UGCGAGUGACACCGGGGCUCGGCGGGGAUAUUUGAGGCUCCCUCCGGCGCCGCCGCCGCCACUCCGCGCUCGCCGCCGCGCCGGGCACAUGCGGUUCGCGGGGCCGCGGCGAGCAGCGCGCUGGGCCCGGGUGCGGCACCCCGCGGGGGAGGACGCGGCGGCGGCGGCGGCGGCGGGGGGAAGGCGCGACCAUGUGCGCGGAGCUCGGCGGAAAGCUGCUGCUGGCCCCGGCGCUGCUGCUGCUGGCCCUGGUUCUGGCCCUGCUGCCGGCCAGCGCCCGGGCGGCCGCGGGCACUGAGGCCACGCACCCGCCGGAGGGGCCGCAGGACAGGACCCCGCAGCAGAAGGGGCGCCUGUCCCUGCAGAACACAGCUGAAAUCCAGCACUGCCUGGUGAACGCUGGCGAUGUGGGAUGUGGAGUGUUUGAAUGCUUUGAGAACAACUCGUGCGAGAUCCGAGGUUUACACGAGAUCUGCAUGACCUUCCUGCACAACGCUGGAAAAUUCGAUGCCCAGGGAAAAUCCUUCAUUAAAGACGCUCUGAAGUGUAAGGCUCAUGCCUUGAGGCAUAAAUUCAGCUGCAUCAGCCGUAAGUGCCCUGCCAUUAAAGAGAUGGUGUUCCAGUUACAGCGGGAGUGCUACCUGAAGCAUGACCUCUGCUCUGCUGCCAAGGAGAACGUCCAGGUCAUUGUGGAGAUGAUUCACUUCAAAGACCUGCUGCAGCAUGAGCCUUACGUUGACCUGGUGAACAUCCUGCUCACCUGCGGCGAGGAGGUGAAAAAGGCCAUAACCAGGAGCGUCCAGGCCCAGUGUGAACARAACUGGGGAAGCCUCUGCUCCAUCCUGAGCUUCUGCACCUCGGCCGGGCACGGAGACGCCAUCCUGGGCGCCGACAAGAGGGCAGGGGAGGGCGGCAGGGCCGGCRCCGGCCGCGGGGACAUGGUGGCCCACGCCGAGCCCGAGCACAGGGAGAGCUCCAGAGCAGCCAAGGGAGAGAGAGGUACCAAGGGCCACUCCAACGGCCGGGUCAAAGCCGGGGGCCACGCUCCCAAAGGGGCCCACGGCAUCCUGGACCGGCCGGACGAACUGUCCGACUUCYCCGACAUCCGGAGGUGAAAGGAGGCGGCGGCUCCCCCUUCCCCCCCGGCCCUUCCCCCCUGGAAACCUCCUCCCCUGAGUUCCAUCUCCCCGUCUAUGGACAUUCCAAAGCAUUUCCCAUUCAGAGGUCAAGCACAGGGCAUUGCAAGAUAUCUAUGGACCUCGGCAUCAGUGUACAUAGUAGCAAAGGGAGAGCAGUGGCAAUGGGUUAUCGAUCCAGCAAACUCCACACUCGGGUGGCAAAAUGCCUCCAGCUAAAUUCUUUUCCCCAUUUUUUUACGAAACGGACGUCGUCUGAAAUUUAGGAUCUCGGUUGGGGGUUGUUGGGUUGGUUUUGGGGUUUGGUUUUGUCCUGGUUUUUUUUUUGUUUUGUUUUGUUUUUUUUCCCUUUGGUCUCCUUGGCAGGGGAGAAGGUUCCUAGUGGGCUCUGCCAGGCUGCAUGUGGCUGCUUGUGGCUUAGCACCUCCGAAGGUUUAGGGCACAGCCUUACAGCAGAUGGCUGAAUUCCAGGGGGAUUUGGUUUCUGCCUGUGGCUGGGAACACUAGAGCUCGAGGCAUCCGUGUGAAGCUCUCUAGUGAAGGAGCUGCCCCGAUUCUGGCGCAGGAACCGUGUGGUCUGGAGCUCCACCACUUUCUCUGAAGUCACUGCUGAGCCAUUGUCCCCACCUGGGUGACGCUGCCUGGUUUUAAGUGCCCCCUGUUUGUUUUUUAACCACUGCAGAACUUGACACUUGCUAAUCACAGCUCCSUGCCCAGUCACCUCGAGGGCGAGUAAUCAGCUUCCAGACGAGGCAAUGUGACUGUUAACGCUUGCACAGGGUGGAGGAGCCCCAAAAGUAUCCUCAGCCCCUCUGAAAACCCUGUGCAUGCUCUCUGCUUACAUCUGCCCCUCCGUGAUACAGGUCUUCCACCCUUACAGCCCAAGCCUAAAGGGGCAGGUGUGGGCUCAGACAGCAAAGGACCUUAUAGAUCCCCAUAUGUUCUUUUUAGGGCUGCACUGAAGGCCCACCAGAAGCCUGUCUCUCCUCAGCAGUAGCGUGGUGAGGUUUGCUGGGAUGUGGAGCCCCACUCUGACCUGCCUAUAAGCUUGGUUUAUCCAAAUGCCAAAGACAAGGAGAGGGGAUUGACUUGGGUUUUUUUAAUYAUUGUGCAGGUAACGACAACCAGUCUCCACAGAACGAGUUAGGAAAGGUGAGGAGUGUCACGAGCUUGUUGUCUUGAUGCAGUUUCAAGUGUGAAUGAGGUGUUUGGCCAUAUCUCUCCUACCCCCCUAUGCAAUUGUAAUUCUCAGGUUGCAGCUCUGCAAUCCUAUAUUCCCAGAUAUUGUACUGGAAGUGGAGGCUACAGCACCCACAGGGACAGAAGGGUGAGCGCUCUCAGCUUCCUCCAGAGAAAAAAAAAAAAAAAAAGUUGGGUUUUUGUAGAAAGUGGGAAUCACAGCGGGGAUUGGAGCCUUCUCAUUUAGAAAGUUGGGGAGGAAAGCUGUGGGGGCAGGAAGGCAGUUGAGCAGAGACAGAACGUACCCAGUGAACRAACGUACGGCUUGCCGCAUGGUGGGAAGGAGCUGCAUAAACAGGAGAGGGUGUUGGAAUUUGGCUACAAUUUCCAACUCAGAUUUCAGUUCCUGCUAAGUGAGCACGGCUCCUAAUAGCUGCAGUCAGGGUUUAACGCAGGGAUCCACCCGCGGAACUUGGAGGCACCGCUUUAAAUAGCGCCCACGUAGGAGGCAAGGGGGGACAGUCGAGUUGAAAAGGUGCCUCUGUGAUCUCCAAGUCUUUGCUUGAAGACGUGGCCUCGAUCCUGCCCCGGUUUUAGCAGAGUUCUCUGGUGAAAUUUGCGUUUGGUUUCGGUGGGAGGAGCUGGGAUGGGGCCAGGUGCUGUAGCAGCAAAGACGGCGGYGAUGGCGCAGUGAGGGUGGCACCUGCCCCGCAGGGAUGGGGACAGCUCUGCCACCCCUGGGCCACCCACGCUGUCCCACAGAGCACCUUGCUUUGGCUCUGACCYUCUUGGCCACCUCCUCUGCUCCAAAAACCUGCUGGUGGUACCCUAAGAAGGUUUCUGGCGUGUGCCUCCGUGGGUUCCCUGCAAGUGUCCUCUCCCCCUCGGUGGCACAGAACCACCACCAAGAACAAGCUCAAACCAAAAAGACAAUCCAAGCAUUUUAGCACAAAAAAAAAAAAA